AAGGGGAAAAGAUUGAAAAUUUUUCUGAUGUCGAAGUGACUUUUUAAACAGAAAUUUGCCAUUUUCUUCCGUGAAAUCAACGAAAAUGGAAAUAUUUGUGAUGGUUCGUCGCGCGAAGCUCACCAUGUUUCUCGAUUGUACCGAGUCAACAACCGUGUCUGAGCUGAAGAAAAUGAUCGAGGGCAUUGCAAAGACAGCGCCAGAAGAUCAGAAAUUGUUCAAAGAUGAACAGGCUCUCGACGAUAAUAAAACGCUGGGUGAUUACGGCUUCACAAGUCAAACAGCCAGACCACAAAAUCCCGCUAUGAUUGGUUUGGCCUGCAAAGUGGAAGGCACAGAUGAGUGGGAGGCAUUAAACAUCACAAGUCUUUCAACACCUCCUGAUCCACCUGAUGUCAUGAUUCCGCAGGAAAGUAGUGCUACCGAUGCAAAAUGAGGACUUGAACUUAGACUGUAGGGUUUGCUAUGCAGCUGUUGAUGUUUUAACUAAAGUGUUUAUGAGUGAAAUGCUAGCGCUAUCAUAGUAUCAUAUCUAGCCAUCAUACAAUACAACACUCACUUUAUCCCGGGAUUUAAUUACAAAAUAGGCAUCCAGUCAUUAUCCCUAGAUCAAUGGCUCCAUGCAUUAAAUUUAGAAAGAGAUCAGAGACAGGUUGUAUAAACUUUUAAGCAUUCAGGGUUUAACUUAAAAUACACAAUUCUGUUUGGCUAAUACACCACAUUAAGGAAUAGACCUUCUGCAUUGUAGACUACCUUCAGCUGUGGUGAUUUGAUUGCGUUUCCAUGCAUCAAUCAAAAUGUGGUCUAUAAUGCAAAAGGUCUAGUGGGUUUUAUGGGCCAAGUUGGUUAAAAUUAUCCUGAAGGUUCUUAUUUUGUUUUCUAUAUUUUUUCUUCCUAUACUUUUCUUUUUGUCUUUAGUGCUUAUAAAUUCUAUGGCAAUGCCAUUUCCUAAACAUCUACUUAGUUUUAUAUAAUAGAAUCGAAAAAAUUCCCAAAUUAAACAGGACUAUUUCCAACACUUGGAAAAUUGUCAAAGUAAAUAUUUUGCAGAUAUCACGCGUGCAUGAUCUACAAGGUUGAAGAAAUGCUAUUGGCUAGCUUAAGACGCGUGCUGAAAUGUGAUUGGCUGACAAAAUAAAACGAGAGAUGACUGUUCAAAUUCGUUAUAAUUACCUGUGACGUGUUCCGUGCGUCUGUCCUCUUAGAGAUCAUGACUCUCGACCAAUGAAGUUACUUGAAUUCUUAACGUUAUUGUAUAAAUCAUAACUACCAAUGCAGAGUUCAUUUCCAGAAAAACUAUACCAAAAAUAGUCUGAAUAUAUAUCCUUGUUAAAUUUGAAUGCAUUGAUUGCAAGCGAAUUGUUAUCACAUAUUGUGAAAAAUGCUAACAAUUUCUAGUGAUGCGCCGAUAUCUGUAUCGGUUUGUUGGUAUCGUUAACAAUAUACCGAUCGAUAAACUAUAUUACCGGUGCUAUGCAGAUGUAAAUAACGAUAUACUUGAAUGCAGAGUUCUUGUGACACUCUAAAACACCAGAAUCUUGUCUGUACCGAAAUACAACAGCACCGGUCUGGCCGUAAUUCGCCUUUAAUUCCUAUAAUAAAGUUCUGAAUUUGAAAGUGCUGAAACCAAAUAUAGGUGUGAAAACGAUGUAUGUGUUGUUUUAAAACAUUUCGUAGCAAAUAACUUUAUAUUAGUAGACCAAAAAAUUGAGUUUAAUUCAGUUGCUAUGAUGUCUUUGUUGAAUGUUUUCAAAUCGUAUAGAAUAUUGGAUUGGUAUCGGCCCGCAAAUAUUAUGUUAUCAGAAAAAUCGGCGAGUUUUAAUUUCGGUGCAUCACUAACAAUUUCCUAGCAAUAUUUUAAAGUAUGGAAUUUUGCAAAGAUACAUUUUUCGCAUUUUACAACUUACAGUUGUCAAUUUCGAAUUUUUACUAAUUUUAGUAUGCUUAUUCCAGUUGUGGUGGUUUAUUUGUGUCACCUAUCAUACAUUGUCACAAGUUAAGGUUAGUUUCCACUCAGGAUAAUUCCUUCUUGGAUCGGACAGGACAGGAAAGAUUCCUUUGUAUGUAAACGCCGCCUGAGAACUCACCGACAAAGGAAAUUUUCCUGUCCGUCCCGAUCCAAAGGAGAUUUUUUCUGAGUUGAAACUAGCCUUUAGUUGAACAUAAUUUCCCAGGCUGUGUAUUUGUCACAAACAAUAGUUAAAAGUUUAUACAACCGGUGUAGAUAACGCCGUAGAAAUAGAACAUUUUUUAUCUGCAAAUGGCCGUGGUCAAUGCCGUGGUCAAAUGUAAAGACGCAUCUUACAUAACGUCAUGAUGAAAUAUUACAUCGUAUAAGUAUAAUACCCAUGUUUUGCGCACGAUUGGUGGUGUUAGGUAUUCGCGUGGUGGAGAGGGGGCAUCCCCCUGGGAAGGUGGGGGUAGUUUCCCCAUCCCUGACCAGACCUGGGGAAUGUUACUUAAAUCUUACUUUC